AUGAAUAUCGGUGCUUCAGCCGUCUGCCUCACCUUCGGACCCUCCGUCAUGACCCUUCAACAAGGCAUUAGUGGCGUCGUAAUCCCUAUUACUAUGGAGACACUCAAUGAUGGAGGUAUUGCAAUGCUCGAAGAUCUCGAGCACCUUCAAAUUACUAUCCAUACGAGCUCUCGUACGUGUUCUGCCUCGCACUUGGCCGUACUCCCGUUGAGUCUCCGCGUUUUCCUAGCCCACCUCACCUCUAUGAACCGUCUCGGCCUCUCUUAUUUUCCUCUCCUCCGCUCCCUCACCUUUCACAUCGUCUUUGACACUAUCAACGAUGCAUGCGUCAUCCAUGCCUGGGCCGGCACCUUCACCGUCGUCUGUACCAUCCCCGAGGCCUCCCAGCUCGAGCACCUCACGCUCUCUAGCCCCGUCCCCCGCGCCAUCAUGCGCUCAGCGUGGUCCAGCUCAACCCUCGUCCGUGCACUCGAGCGGCCGCCGUACAGUCUCGACAGAUGCCUUGUCGCGCUUGUCGACCGCGCGCCGCUGCGUGUCAUCACGCUUGUGGCACCGCAGGGGGAACAGUUCAUGUCAAGUGACUGGGUGCGUGCGAGAAGCUUCUUCCGAGCUCUCUGGGACUACGGUAUGCUCGAAUUCUGA